AUGUGGCCAAGACUUAUUUUAUCCCUGUUGCUGGUUCACUGCCUGGCUGCAUCUCCAACUCCUGCUCGCAGCACAGACGCUUGGAGUGCAGACAAGGCCUGCGCUAAUGAGAUCCCGACUGUGAUGAUUGAGAACCAAAACGAUUCUACAUGUGCCAGCUAUGUCCUUUGCUAUGUGGCCAAGGAUGGCCUCUCAAGACCUUUGGUCAAGAACUGCAGGAGCGGGCAAUAUUUUAACGCAUCCUUGGGAUACUGCAGUGUCACGAAACCCGAUGGUUGUGCAUAA